AUGUCGACUCAAGCACCCCAAACGCCAAAGGGUCCACGGAACCCUAAACGUCAGCACAAGAAGAACGUCAGUCCUCAUUCACAAGCAAAGGCCGCUCUGCUGGCAACACCUCCGUCAUCACCUCCCCGAAGCUCGAGUCCUGGAGAUCCGGCCGCUGAGGACAAUGGCGCUACGGGAGCGUCUCGAAAGAAGAACAAUAUACGCUCAGCAAAGAAAUCCCGCCUCAUAAUAACCAUGCUUCCAACCAUCAAGGACAGUCCACACUAUGCAGGACCGACCUUCCAUGCUUCUCCCGCCCCGUCAGCUCUGCCAAUACCAAGCUUCUUCUCUAAAUCUGUACCCGAUUCCGGCCUGUCUUCGGGGUUGGAACUUGAGAACGGGAUGGACAGCGAGCCUGGCACCGAGAACACGCCCUCGAAGCCGAGAGCUGGAGGAUCCCAUGUCGACAAAGAACAUGAACCGUCGCCAUUAGACUUCCUCUUCAAAGCUGCCAUUAAUGCCAGAGAUAAAUUGCAACAAAGUCCGGAAACUUCACAGAAGAUGAGUUCUCCAAGUACGGACUCAAAAGCCUAUCAGGCUUAUCGCCGACCAGAGAGCUCUGCCAACGGAAUUUUCCCUCUUGAGCUCGAAGAGCCCGAAAGGCGCAUGAUGCCCAUUGGGCCAGCAUUUGCUACACCAUAUAAGGACCGGAUGAAUGCGCUCCGGUCAGCCAGCAGUCCAUCGCAACCGAAGGUGGACCUUGACGAGGAUCAGCGAAAGGCGAAGACUGAGGCACUGAAGAACCUUCUUCUCAAUCCCCGUCCCCAACGUCCUUCGUCUGUCUCUCCUCACACCCGAAAUCAAUUCAAUGACUCGAACGUUCGUGCUGUCGGACAUCAAUACAACAACGUCCCCUUGCGCACGUCUUCCGGGCCACCGACUCCAUGUCAACAAGAUAUGUUCCACGGCGGGGGGAAGACACCAACCUAUCAAUACGGGUCUCCUGUUGCCAGUGAUCCCCGUCAAUUCCGCACUCCAUCAUCUGCUUUGCGACAAGAGGUUUUGCCGUCCAGUGUCGAUACCGUUGACGUAGGGGGACCGUAUCAUACUCCCCGCGUGUCAUCCGCCUCAGCAUCCUACCAAGGCUACUCCUCUCAACCCGCCUAUUACUCGCCGACUCCUCAGCGGGUGGACCUUCCGGGGUCAUCUUCCCCCCGUGCUACAGAGCUAGAUAUCAAGAAAAUGGAAGACGAUCUGAGGCGAAUUCUCAAACUCGAUAUUUCCAACGGCAUUCAUCCAAACGGAGUCCAAAGUGGAGUGCAAAGCGGAGUGCAAAGCUCUCUCGCAUGA